AAAUGCCUUAGCCGUGGCUGCCUCUGUGUUGGUGCCUGGCGCUGAUACGAAGUCCCAGGGUGAUGCAGCCAAUGCUCCAGAAUCCUCAUCACUUGAGGAAGCAGCCACCAGGGUGCCACCACUGGGCAGCAUGACAGAGCCAACAGUUCCGGAGCCACCUGGUUAUUCACCUGCAGAAAACCGAUCUCCGCGUUCCCUGGAGGUUGACGGGGACGACGAGGUAACACCUGCUGAACCCCACGGUGCUGCCAGGGCCGCCGGUUGUGGCGAGGCUGGGGACAUCCCUCCGCUUCUUGCUGUCCGGGAUGGUAAAGUUCAUCUUGGACAUGGGAUCAUGGUGCCUGAGGCCACACUGAAUUGUGCGGCCGCCAAAGCUACGACCCCUGGCCGCUUUUUAAGAAUAAUCAGCCGCAGACUUUGGAAGCCCGAGGAACUUUAUAACCGGAGCGUGUCAGGACAACCCUGCAGGAGCCACCUGAAGCACGGGGCAGUGGGAAAGGCGCCUUUAACCCCUGAAAAAAUUGACGCCCUCACUGUUGCCUUCAGCCGCUGUCCCAAAAGGGCCCCCAAGAAAGACAAGAAGGAAGGUGGAAAGCAGGGGCAAAAGAAGCCUGCGAGGGAACUCUCCGUGAAGAAGGUCGUAAAAAAGUUAAUGGGGGACUUCAUGGUGGAGAAGAACAGAUCGGCCGAGAAGGCCCAAGGCAUACAGAAGAAGGUCCCUUCUCACUGCUUGGAUGCUGAGGAAGACAUGUAA